AUGGCACCUUCGGUCGCCAGCGCACAGGCGCACACAGGCGGGCGCGCAUCCAAAACCGAGCGCAUCAAACACGAGCACCAGCACGAGCUCCUCAACCGCACCACUCGCACUGUCAAAAGCGAGCCCACCGACCGCAUCAAAACCGAGCGUUCCGAUGGCAUCACUCGCAGCGUCAAACUUGAGAUCCUCGAGCCGCAACAACGCAGUCGCUACACUCGCUACAAGCGCAAUCCCUUCAUCGCACCACCGCCAUUCUCAGGACAAGGCAAGAGCAGUGAUACAGAUGAGCUGCCCUACUCGGAUUGGAAGAGCCAGAUGAGCACGUACCUCACGUACGACCGCCUCAUCCCCGAUAUGGGUCGCUUCACGAGCAGCGCAGAGGUUUUCACCGCGAUGGACGACUCGUGGGGUGACCACUUCCUUCGUCAGCGGAAGAGGAGCGAGUUUGGUGCACUGCAACAGGACGACAACGAGGGCUUCAGCGACUUCUGCGCUACGUUCGACGCCUACCUGCCAUACCUCGACCUGAAGGACGACCGCAAGAAGGAGGAAUUGCGCGACAAGCUGAAUGCCACCUGCGCAGCAGAGAUCCGAGGCAAGCGAUUCAACACCCUCAAUGAGAUGCGUGACCAGCUCCGUGUCUUCGAGGUGGAACACCGUGAGAAGCACCAGCAUCAGCACUAG